AAAAAGCGAGCUUUUUAUGGGGAUUUGGGAGUGGCGGUGGCUCAGAACUGCAAAGGAGUUCAUGUGGAAGUGCAGGCGAUAGAGGAAGUGAGAGGGAAUGAGGAUGGAAUUGAAGGGUUGAAUAGAGCCUUGAGUGCUGGGUUUGAUGUGAAUUAUAGUUCACCUUUUGACAUUCAAAGAUGCAUAGGAUGCAUGUCGACUAAAGGAAUAUGCGGAUCCAAAGAUGAGUUUCAGUUUACUUGCUAUUGCCCUGAUGGAACUAAUCAUUCUUUGGAUUGUUCUCAUCAUCAUAGUAAAUUGAAUUGGAAGAAGAAAGUUGCUAUAGGAGUUGCUGCUGCUGUGCUUAGUGCAGUUAUAUUAGGCAUUGCCUUUAGUCUCUAUUACCGUCGAUGGAAGAAGAAUUUUCAAGAUGUAUCAUUUAUACCAUCUCACAGCAUGUCUUCUUUUUUAGAAGACACUGAAAAGGGACAUCAAAAAUACUCUGGACUCCAAUUCUUUGCCUAUAGAGAACUUCAAGAGGCCACAAACAACUUUGAUUCAGACAGAGAACUAGGAGAUGGAGGCUUUGGGAAAGUAUAUUUUGGAAAACUUGGAGACGGCCGUUUUGUUGCUGUGAAAAAGAUGUAUGAGAACAAUUACAGGACAGUAGAGCAAUUUAUGAAUGAAAUUGAGAUCUUAACAGGCUUGCGCCACCAAAAUCUGGUAUCAUUGUAUGGAUGUAAUUCCAGCCACAGCAGUGAAUUAAUGCUUGUCUACGAAUAUGUUUCGAACGGAACAGUUGCAGAUCAUCUCCACGGGCAGAAAGCGAAAUCUGGUGCUCUAUGUUGGGAUACUCGAAUGAACAUUGCUAUAGACACAGCUAGUGCAUUGGUAUAUCUUCAUGCUUCAGACAUCAUCCAUAGAGAUGUUAAAACCAAUAAUAUCCUUCUUGAUGAUCACUUUAGAGCCAAAGUAGCAGAUUUUGGACUCUCAAGACUAUUUCCAAACCACUUAACUCACAUUUCAACAGCGCCACAAGGCACACCUGGUUAUGUUGAUCCGGAGUACCACGAGUACUACCAGCUGACAGAUAGAAGCGAUGUAUACAGCUUUGGAGUUGUGCUGAUUGAGCUAAUAUCUUCAAUGCGUGCAGUUGACAUAACAAGGCAUAGGCAUGAGAUCAAUUUGUCCAACAUGGCCAUGAAGAAGAUUCAGAGUGGUGCGUUGCAUGAGAUUGUAGACAAAAGCCUUGGAUUCGAAUCGGAUUUGAGGGUAAGGAAGAUGAUCAAUGGUGUUGCAGAGUUGGCAUUUCGGUGCUUGCAGAGUUCUAAGGAUAUGAGGCCUUCAAUGGUACAAGUGUUGGAUACUUUGAAGGAUAUACAAAGUGAUGGGAAAUAUAAAAGCAAACCAGAGGUGAUGGAUAUAUCAAAACAAGAAGAUAACGAUGCAACCCUGCUUAAGAACGAACCACCUCCACCUUCACCUGAUUCAAAUGGGAAAGUAUAGGUAGAGAAUGAGAAUACUAAACAAUAUGAACAAUGGAUAUGUCGAAUGUUUAA